AUGAGGCUCUUUGGACGCAAGUCGGCCGCUGCGCCCGCGCGCCCGGGCCCCGUCGCGACCGCCGACACGAUCCGCCGGUUGCGCGAGCAGCUCGAGUCGCUCGAGAAGCGCGAGCUGCACAUUGUCAAGAAGAUUGCGCUGCAGCUGCAAGAGGCCAAGCAGAAGAGCGCGGCCAAGGACAAGCGCGGCGCGCUGUUCGCACUCAAGCGCAAAAAGAUGCUCGAGGCCGAGGUCGAAAAGCUCCAGGGCGCGCGCAUGACGCUGGAGACGCAGGUGAUGACGCUCGAGAGCGCGCACGUCAACAUGGAGACGUUCACGGCGCUGCGGUCGGGCGCCGAGCAGAUGAAGGCGAUCCACGGGCAGAUGAACGUCGACAAGGUGGACAACAUCAUGGACGAGAUCCAGGAGGAGAUGGCGACGGCCGACGAGAUUGGACGGGCCAUCUCGCAGCCGCUGGGCUCGCAGCUCUACGACGACGACGAGCUCGAGGACGAGCUGCGCGAGAUGGAGGAGCUCGCGCUCGAAGAGAAGAUGCUGGAGCCGGUUGCGGCUGCACGGGGAGCAGCCGAAGCGGCUCGAACGCCGGCAUCGGUGCCGUCUACGUCGGUUGCUACUGCCGCUGCGGCUUCUCCGAUGGCAGCACCGCCUCUGCCGACGGCGGAAUACAAACUGCCCGAUGUGCCGACCCAUGCCGUCGAGUCGAACAUUAACGUGGUGGGCAAUGCAGACGAAGAAGAACUGGAGGCUUUGAGAGUGCUGGAGGCGUCCAUGGCGCUGUAG